GUGCAAAAAUGCGCAGAUUGUGUGCACCAAAAAAAAAGCCCCUCCAGAUAUGAAGGCGUUAAUGUGUUGGUGAGGGGUUUUUGCAUGGGGGAGGGGACCCCUGCACAUCACUCUGACUCUGACUGGAUGUGUGUGUGGAUGUGAGUGGGCUUCUCUCCUCUCCUAACCGCACAGCAUCAUCAUCAUCACUCGGUUCACGGCAACAGCCUCGUACGCAUCAUCAUCCUCAUCCUCCUCCUCAUCCUUCCUCAUCACCACCAUCUCCAGGCUGAAGAGAGAGAGAGAGAGAGGGAUCCCAUCGCAGGAAUAAAAGACAUAAGAAGAGCCUGUUGUCAGUCAAGUGACUGACCACUCUUCAGAUCUGUGAGGUGUAUCCUGAACACACUGAAGCUUCAGGUGGCCUCUCCGCUAAACCUUUGACCACUUUUGCAUCUUCUGAACCUCUUUAAAAUGGAGGACGGCUACCAAAACCGGACUGCCUUCAUAAAAGGCGCCAAAGACAUUGCCAAAGAAGUCAAGCGCCAAGCAUCUAAGAAGGUCGGCCGUUCGGUGGAUAAGGUGACCGACGAGUACAGCAAGCGCUCCUACAACCGGUUCGAAGAGGAUGAUGACGAUGAAUACCCCACGCAGGGAAGCCAGGAUGGAGGCUAUUACCGUGGAGACAGCCAGGCGGCCAACGACGAUGAGGGCGGCCACAGUGACUCCACAGAGGGUCACGAUGAGGAUGACGAGAUCUACGAGGGCGAGUACCAAGGAAUCCCCCGGGCUGAAUCGGGCAAGGGCAGCCUGGCUGGAGGUCCGGGCUCGGUGAGGGCCGGCGCUCAGCAAUUCACAGAUGUCGGAGUGUCCGAGGCCGAGAGGAGGAAGGACCAGGAGGAGCUGGCUCAACAGUACGAGACCAUUUUACAAGAGUGUGGUCACGGGAAGUUCCAGUGGACCCUGUACUUUGUGCUGGGGCUGGCUCUCAUGGCAGACGGCGUGGAGAUCUUCGUGGUCGGGUUUGUCCUGCCCAGCGCUGAGAAGGAUAUGUGCCUGUCUGAACCUAACAAAAGCAUGCUAGGUCUGAUUGUAUAUUUUGGGAUGAUGGUCGGGGCUUUCCUCUGGGGGGCUAUGGCUGACCGGAUAGGCCGUCGACAGUCUCUCCUAAUCUCCCUCUCCAUCAACAGUAUCUUCUCCUUCUUCUCCUCCUUCGUCCAGGGCUACAGCACCUUUCUGUUUUGCCGACUCCUCUCAGGUGUUGGGAUUGGUGGCUCGAUUCCCAUCGUGUUCUCCUACUAUUCUGAAUUUCUGUCCCAAGAGAAGCGUGGCGAGCACCUCAGUUGGCUCUGCAUGUUCUGGAUGUGUGGGGGAAUAUACGCAUCUGCCAUGGCCUGGGGUAUAAUCCCACAUUACGGAUGGAGUUUCCAGAUGGGCUCGGCGUAUCAGUUCCAUAGCUGGCGUGUGUUUGUGUUAGUGUGCGCAUUUCCUUCUGUUGCAGCCAUCGCUGCCCUCAGUGCCAUGCCAGAGAGCCCACGCUUCUACUUAGAGAAUGGCAAACAUGACGAAGGCUGGAUGAUUCUGAAGCAAGUUCACGACACCAACAUGCGAGCAAAGGGAUACCCAGAGAAGGUGUUUUCUGUCACCACAAUUAAGACGGUGAAACAGGUGGAUGAGCUGGUGGACACUGGCACCGAUACUCCGGUCUGGAAGCGCUACAAGAUGAAGAUGAUGGCCAUUUCCCAACAGAUCCGGAAUAACAUUAUCGCCUGCUUCAGCCCAGAAUAUAAACGGACGACUUUCAUGCUCAUGGCUGUUUGGUUUACCAUGUCUUUCAGCUAUUACGGUCUGACGGUGUGGUUCCCCGACAUGAUCAAGUACAUCCAGAAGCAGGAGUAUGACUCACGCACAUUGACCUUCACUAAGGAACGAGUGGAGCACGUCACUUUUAACUUCACUCUGGAAAACCAGGUGCAUCGCGAGGGACACUACUUCAAUGACAAGUUCCUCAACCUGAAGAUGAAGUCCAUGGUGUUUGAAGACUCGGUGUUUGAGGAGUGCUACUUUGAGGACAUCACCUCCACACACACCGUCUUCAGAAACUGCACCUUCAUUGCAAGUUUGUUCUAUAACACAGAUUUGUUCAAAUACAGGUUUGUCGACUGUAAACUGCACAACAGCACGUUCCUCCACAACAAGGAGGGCUGCAUGCUCGACUUCAGCGACGACUUCAACAAUGCCUACAUGAUAUACUUUGUCAACUUCCUCGGCACGUUGGCGGUGUUGCCUGGCAACAUCGUGUCGGCUCUAUUAAUGGACAAAAUUGGGCGUUUAAGGAUGCUGGCGGGAUCCAGUGUCAUAUCAUGUGUCAGCUGCUUCUUCCUGAUGUUCGGCAACAGCGAGUCGGGGAUGAUCGCCCUCUUGUGUCUGUUUGGUGGCAUCAGCAUCGCCUCGUGGAACGCCCUGGAUGUGAUAACAGUGGAGCUCUACCCUUCGGAUAAAAGGUGCACAGCGUUCGGCUUCCUGAACGCCCUCUGUAAGCUGGCGGCCGUCCUGGGCAUCAGCAUCUUCCAGUCAUUUGUUGGCAUCACCAAGGCCGUACCCAUCAUAUUUGCCGCCGGUGCUCUCGCUGCAGGUAGUUUCCUUGCAACAAAGUUGCCUGAAACACGAGGCCAAGUGUUGCAGUAAAACAAGUGAGCAGCAGUGGGCAGCAGAGCGCCGCUGGAGUGUGUGUUUGACAACCAAGAGCCCAAGAACAUCCCUGAGAGCUUCAGCGCUGCCCGUCACACACCAACAGAGCAGACUGCCAUCCCCAUUGUAAGCCCAGAAUCCUUUGAAAUAUGACUACAUCUGAAUGAUAACACUUUCAGCUGCACCGUCAGGUACCAAAAACAUCAGAUCUUUCCUAAAGUGUAACAUGCAGCAGGGUGAUGCAGUACAAAUUGUGGUGUGCAGUAGGGAUAAAAUGUUAAUUUCUGGGAGUUUUUUCUCACCGACCCCACCGAUCUACAAAACCAAACACAAUUGAGAAGAAGACAGAGAUGUCAAAUGUAGAGAUGGGACUGAAAAAAAAAGCCAUUUAUGGGGGAGCGUAAAGAGAUUUAGUCUAUGUAUGUGGUCGCUUUUUAAAUGUGAAUGCAGUGUUUUUCUUUUUCGUCUGUCCUCUGCCUCGGCGACUGGCUUUCAGUGCUGCUUUUUCAUUUGCCGCUUGUACAAUUCACUUCACAUUUCCAUCCGAGCCGACGCUUGUGAUUUUAUGAAAAGUUUUUCCUUUCGAAAAGAUCUUCAAGAUGAAUAUAUUUUCUUUAAAAUCUUGCAUGACCCUUGACCACUGCCUACUCCCUGUUUCUAUCAAAUAAUAUGAAAACAUUCCAGCGAGGCUUGAUUUAUUCAGAAACAGAGAAUGUAAUAUUUCCCCGUCGCUGCAUAAAUCUAGUCUACUCCUCUACUGAUAACCUCAAACGCAGACAGGUGAAGAUGCAUUUCACAGGAUUCUCUGUUGUAAAUGGGAAUAGUUUGAUCCAGCUCCUCAGUGUUCAGUGUUACACUAAUGUUUUCCCCUCCCUGUUGUUGAACCAUACAACUGUGGCAGUGCAACACAGGGACGUCUGUGGGACGGAUUUUGGUCAAGUGCUAAAUGUGAGAGCAGAUGCUAUAAUGUAAAUGCCUAAAUUAGUCGUGUGAGUGUGCAUGUGUGUCUUUGUUAUGUGAGACUAGAGAAAUCAGUGCAGCCAUGUAGACCAUAUAUCUUACUGAUCCAACAGCAGAAUGUACGGAGCAGCGGUCACACGUUAAUUCAUUGAAUUAUAUAAAAUAUAACUCAUGCAGUAGCUCAGGUGUGGUGAAAAGUUUAGGCCACGUUCACAGCUGGUAUUAUGUUUUAGCGCUACUCCACCAAAUUAUUAUUAUUAUACAUGCAAGAUAGUUUACUGAUUCAUUUGUCUCAUAUGCAUCGCUGCGUUAAUUAGCCUUAAUGUGAAAACAAGUCAUUUGAGUGUGGAAGUGCAUUCUUGAGAAACAGGAAUUUGACAAAAACUAUCUUUUUGCAGAGCUUUCAGCUGCAAGUCUUUCUUUGCAGUUUGCUUAGUGUUCAUAGAGAAUGUAAGCUCUGGAAAAAGCUACUAAUUCAGUGUCUUUUGGUUGUUUUGUCUUUUCCUGUUUGGCUUCAAACCGUACAAACAAUGCAGUAUCCUUUCUUAAACUUGUGUUAAUGCCCCUUAAUAAAAGUCAUGAUGUGACUUCAUUAUACUCAUAAGCACAAUGCUACAGAAGCCCUGAAAGCUAAGCGAGAAAAAAAAAAAAAAAAAAUCUGGUGAUCCAUUUUCUAAGUUUGAUCUAAAUUGUUUUCUCUCCUGUGAAUUAAGAACAGGUGAAAAAAAAAUGUUUUUCAAG